AUGACCGAUGAGAUACUUGCACACAUCUCCGCGCCUGCAACUCGACAGACUGACGACCUGUACCAAUCUCUGGUGGACGCAUACCAUGACUUCGAGCCAUCUAGAGCUUUACGCGACCCAGAUCUAACAGACUGUAUCCCUGGAAGACCCAAUGGUGCAUCAGCAUGUGACAACAACCUGGACAUUAUCACCACCUCUAUUACUGCUUCCAGCAAAGAUUCCUUUGGCAGCUUUCCGUCUCGUCUAUCAUCCGAGGAUCAUGUGAACUCGUACACACAAGGCCCUAGUCAGACUAACGGUGACUCGACCGAGUAUGGCUCCAUACUGAUGUCAAGUCGGCUGGCGCGACUAGAACGCAUCCAUCAAAACUGGAAAGAUAAGAUCACACCAAAGACAAGUUCCUCCAAGAGCUUUCGAUCUCCGCGACUUCAAUCGCAGAUGCGAGAUGAUGAGGAUGAUGGUGCUGACACAGCCUUCAUCGAAGACACCCAGCUGGCAAUGCAAGCGCUGCAGAGCCAACUGGAAGAAAGUCACUCGACCACUUCUGAAGACACUUCCGAAAGUGAAGCCAAUUCUGAAGAAUACACGGGCAUUUUUCAGUUGUCGGACGUGCCUGAUGAUCAACAUGAGCUUGUCACUGCUCGGGUACAUGAAACGGCCUCUUCAGCUGGAACAUCGAGACCGGACGUAGAUGCCUUUUCUGCAACACUUCAAUCGAACAACUCUGCAUCAAGUAGCUUCAAUGUUGUAGGAAAUGUGCAAUCCCUAGUUCCUGCGACUUCGACCGCUGAGGUCUACGACUUUAGCGAACUUCCGAUCCAUGUUUUCCCGCCGCCUCCAGAAGUCUCAGUAUUACAGCCUGAUGGACUACCUUCGCAAACUACAUCCUACCUUAAGUUGGUCAAAAAUAGACAUCCGAAUCGGUAUCACCUCGUCCGGAGGAAGUACAAGCCGAAUGAUGAUGCUCGAGGAUACUGGGUUGUGAACUGUGCUACCUGGCCAGUCGAGGCACAAUUGAGCUUCUGGUCGUCAUUGCAAGACUAUCUUCUCAAGGAAAAGUUGGGUUGGGGUACGACACUUCAUCGAAUCCCCAAGUCUCCGCACGAAAUGGGCGAGAUCAGACUGUAUUGCUGGGCAGAAGUUGUUGAACACAUGUGGCUACAGCUAUGGCUGUCUUCUGGGGGCUAUAUCUCUCAUCUAAAUUGGUAUGAUGCAGAAGGGUCUGUUGUCUUGCAGGCGAAAUUAAGGCAAAAGAAGCCGGUAUAG